AUGAUAUUCAGCCGAUGUCCAAGAAUAGAACACUUUUCCAUCGGUGAUUGCGGAAAUGUUACCGACAACGGUCUCGCCGAAAUAGCUAGCUAUGGAAAGAAUCUUACUGGCCUCGAGAUCAUUCUUGGCAACAAGAUCUCAUGCGGUACUCUGUCGUCACUAGCCAAUUCAUGUACUAAACUCAAAUUACUCCACAUAUGGGACUGCGGAGACUUGGAUGAUUCGGCCAUUUUGUCGAUUUCUACAAAUCUAAAUGAUACUUUGGAAUCGCUUAUAUUGAACAAUCCACCCGCGCUUACAGAUGAGUCAUUGGUGCAAAUUGGUAUGCGCUGUCGUAACUUGAAACAUUUUGGACUUGAACCGCAUUGGGGAGUUACAAACUCUACUUUGGCCACCUUAGCUGAAAAUGCAAACGGCCUGGAGUCAUUACAACUGUCAUUACAAUAUGCAAGCCGAAUAACUAAUGAAGGGAUUUCUGUAUUGUCCCGUCGUUUGAAAAAUCUCAAGAAAAUCCAGAUUCAGGAGUCGAAUACACUACAUGUUAAUGAUCUAGCUCUGACUUUUUUAAUUACAGAACAGCGCAUUAACUUGACUAGUCUACACAUUUACAAUUGUAAUUUUAGUGAUCUUUUUCUUGACACUAUUGUCAAGACUCGCCCGCCUAUAAAUGACGUCUGCUUCUUUCAGUUACCAUUAAUAUCAGAUUAUCAUUUUAUUCGUUUCCUUGCAGCAGUAUCGGACACUUUAAAUUCUUUACAAUUGUCGUAUUGCGAUAAUAUUACAGAAUUCAGUGUAAUUGAAGGAUUAGGAGUAUAUGGGGGUGGUUUAAGAAAACUCAGUAUAUGUCCCUCGGGUGAAAUGACUGCUGAGGGACUAAAAGCAAUAUCCACGGGAUGUUCAAAUCUAAAAGAAUUCUAUUUGUCAAGUACUGAAGAUUUACCAACUCAGGUUGUCACAUUACUGCUGACGAGUCUAAGAGAACUUGAACAACUUCGAAUUCGAGAUUGCCCCAACAUCCAUCCUGAUGAUCUUAGAAUAAUAGCAUGUGGAUGUCCCAAUCUUAAGGAGUUCUACUUUGGCCCUAGUCCAUAUGUAGACUAUGCAUUUAUACAAGAAUAUAAUUCUAAUGGCAAAUCAAGACCCUUACUCAUACAAGGUGAGGGAUAA